AUGGCUGCGACGAUUAAAGAUCCACAACGUAUCGUCGAGAUACGAGAGAGCGAGAUACCCGUUCCGUGGUGCGAUGAUUUUGGCAAGAUGAUUAGCGGCAUGAAUCUGGAUAUCGGCAGCUCUCCAGCACUCAAUGAUUAUAAGCUUGGGGUCAAGAGAAAACUACGGGCUUUCAACAAUGAGGACAUCCCCGAUGAUGCUACCCUUUCAUCUCUCAAGAUGAAACGGAUGGCACUGGCCAAACAAAUGAUAGGCAAAAUGGGCAAAGGUGUCAACAUUGAACCACCAUUCUUUGUCAUAUGGGGCUGCAAUACAUUUAUUGGCAAUGGAGUUUACAUGAACCGAGGAGUCUCCAUCCACGACAAUGCUCUCGUCAGCAUCGGGGACAACGUGCUCAUCGGACCAGAAGUUUGUAUCUGCACCCCAACACACGCCACAGACGUCAAAGGACGCAGAGAGGCUCAGGGCACUUCAUAUUCCUUGCCGAUACGCAUCGAAUCAGAUUGCUGGAUAGGCGCUCGAGCGACCAUUCUCGCAGGAGUGACGAUUGGGAGAGGUUCCACAGUGGCUGCGGGCGCCGUCGUCCACAAAGAUGUUGAGCCAGAGACGUUGGUUGGAGGUGUGCCAGCUCGGUUCAUCCGGAGCUUGAAGGAUGUUCCAAAGGAUCCAGAUGUGGAAUCAAUCGAUGGUGAAUUGUAG